AUGUCUAGUAUUGCAGCGAUUUUGGCGCUUGUGGUGCUUACCAUGCUUGUACUAGGCAUGUGGAUCGAAAACAACGACAGCAGCUUGAUGGGUAUCCCCAAGCGAGACUUCAUGGAAGUUUUCACCAACAUCCUUAACUCGGACGCACCUAAUCCAGCGACGCCAGGCCCAGCACAAGUGCAUCAACUACCUGGUAAGCCGACAAUCCCCACACGCCAGCGAAAACACUUCGUCAACGAUGACGAAGAAGUAGCAAGCAAAAGAGACUCGUUCUAUUUCCUUGUCAGGGGAAUGCGUGCAAGAACUCUCGCAGCAAGGGAAAAAUCGUGA